UCAUAGGAAUUAACAUAGCAAACAUGGGUUUUAAAACACAAUAAAAUCUUGUACGGAAAAGAUAGUUGUACAUGUGUGGACCGUCAGGUGUGGAAAUUUCAUAAGAUUCCUCGUUUGAAACUUUGACAUCAACAUGCUUUCGAUGCCUUACAUCUGUACCUAGUAGACUUUUGACGAAGCUGUUACCAAGAUAAUAUUAGUAUGGAACUUCCUCAUGAUUGAUCUCUCUAAGAAAUGAUAUAAGAAUCUGUUUGGAAUCUAAUACAUAAUAUUCUGUUUAAGAUAUAAUUUGUAUACCAAAUGAGACGGAAAUUUACAAAUUAACAGAGAAAAAAAUGCAAGGAAUUUAAGAUUAACAUAAUGGCGCGGAAGCCACUUUCAACGAUUGACUGGAAGCAGAGACACGAGAGGAGUGUAGAUAAAAUUUUCGCAGAGCCGUUAAAAGAAAUAGAAUCAUCGUCGUCUCAAUUCAUCAACGUUCAUGAAAAGAUUGAACAAUAUGAGCAAAAAUCUAGGUUAAACUUUAACAAAAACCGACCUGCUCCGCCUCCUCCAGGAACCCAAGUUUUUUUGCCAAAAAUUGGAAAUUAUACACCAAAAAUAUUGUUAUCGAGAAAUAGCAGUAAAGCAUCUGCUCCAAAGUCACCGUAUGAAGAUGCACAGAUACCAGAUUUUCCACCUAGUGAAAAUAAACUUUAUAACAAACAAUAUUCAUUUGAGCAAACGGCAGACAGAAAAUUGUCGACUGCUGAAUCUUUUAAGACGAAAUCAAAAUCAGAGUGCAAUACAAAUCCAGAAGAAGAUAUUUAUCAUACAAUUGAUAUAAAACCUGAUUAUGAAGAAAAUAAGAUAGAAAAUGAGGGAAAGAAAGUGAUGAUAAUUGGGGACAAAGAUGUCCCACUUGUUCUGGAUACUUACUUUGGAGCAGAUGAUAAUGAAGAUAACGAAAAUUCGCCAGUAGCAGAAACGAAUUCUAAUGUUUCACCCAGUAACGAAUCUGAAGAGGACAAAUUAUUUGCGGAUCAUGACACAAUAGUAAAUGUCGGUGAGGUGGUGGUUAAUCCUUUAUUCGAAGAACACGGUAAACAAGAAGACCAUCAUUCACAUAAUGAAACAGAAAACGAAACACCGAGACAUUACAAGAAGAGGCGGGCACCUGGUGUUCCGACUUCAUCAUAUGUGAGUCGACGACGCAACAAUUCACAAUCUUCGCAUGCCUCAGACGACGAAUAUCCUUAUAUUCCAGAACCUGAUUACGAAGAACACGAGAGGACGAUGAAUUUUGAUUAUGUCGAAAACAACGAUCAACCGAUUGCACCGCCACGGCGCCACCGUAAUCGUAAGGUAGUCGAAGAAUAUGAUGGAGAGGAUUUCUCUAAAUAUAUGGAAGACGACGAUGGAUUCCAUGAACAGCCUUUUACAUGGAGGAAAAACAUUAAACAUGCAAGGAGACCUAAUGCUAAAACUAAACAACCACCGAUUCAAAAAUCAAAGUACUCGGAACGUUCAAUGAUGAGUGCCCCUAAACUGAAGCCUGUUAAAAAGCCAAAACACGCUGAGACGCAACAUGGUAGUAUGAAAAGACAAACUUUACGAGAUAUAACCUAUGCCGAUUGUAAAAUGGGCAUAGAUGAUAGGACUAUACGAAGUGUUAAAAGUACGUCCGCUGGAGGGCGUUAUAUAAAGCGCGGGAAAGAACGGACUAUGAUUGUUGAUGGAGAUACAGGAGCUGGUGGAUAUGAAGAAUUUUUAAGAAUGAGACACAAAGAGGAUGGAAGUUUAGAGAGUAAUAGUAGUGGCGACAGUGGUCUAGAUCCUGGUGAUGAUUUACUUGCACAAGAACAAAUGUUUUAUCAAAUGCAACCAAAAAAUGUACGAGACAAAAAGUCAGGUACUUUGUGGGAAAAGUUGACAUGGCGUUUUAAACGACAUGUAGGUGAUUAUAGGAUGAGCUAAAAUAUGACAUCAAUGAAUCUCUUCCCUCUUCGUUUAAUUUGUUUGUUAUUUGUUCCGAAAUGUUUCAUCUGUGAUAGGUCCGGACAUUCGGUGCAAAUUUAAUAUCAUUUAUCAGAUUUAUUAGGAUAUAACAACUUUUUCAGCCAAAAUCCGGCAUAUCAGCCAUGACUAAGUUUGUAUGCACUCUUUUGCUUCGAGAUUGAUGAUUUAUUUAUAUGGAAAAGGGGGGCUUCAUAAUUACAAUUAUACCGAGUGAUACAUAUUGAUUCAAAUCAUUGCUAUCUUGUGUUAUUUGUUAACUUAAUUUUAGUGUCAAAUUAUCAGGCAAAGUUCGAGCGACAACAGGGAGUAUCUCAUAUUUUUUUAAAUGUCAUACGGUACAAGCUCAUGGGGCCAAAAAUUCACUAUGAUUCGUGAGUAACGGGUUUCCUUUUCAGGUUUUAACCCUUUUAUCCGGACUUCAUCAAAUGAAAGUAUAAAUGUUCUAUGGACUACAUGUUUAUGUUAAUGAAUUCGAUUGUUUGUUGAAACAUAAUGUGAUACUGUCAUUGAUGCAGUCGGGUAUUGUUCAUUGUACUGUAAUUAAAUACACGGAAGAGCGAUUUGAUUUCACCUGAUACUUAAUUCAUUUUUUCAUACUGUAUCAGAAUUGUUUUUUUUUCCAAAUCACGGUUGAAGUAAUUGCCAGUUAUAUUUUAAAGUACACAUUUUAUCAUUUGUUGUUCAUGUCCAGUUAUGUGAUUUAUACUGAGCAGAAUAUGCUUUACAUCAGCUCCUUUUAUACACUGUAUCAUGUAUUUUACAAAGUGUUCUCCUUUUAUACCUUGUAUCGUUUUACAUAACGAAAAGUCUUCUCCUUUUAUACCUUUCAUCAUGUUACAUUAUGAAAAAAGUUCUUUUAUACCCUGUACCAUGUAUCGUUACAAUGUCUUCUCGUUUUAUACCCUGUACCACGUAACGUUACAAUUUUUUCUCGUUUUGUAUCUUGUACCAUGUUACACAUUACCGUAACAAUGUUCUCUCGUUUUAUACCCUGUACCACGUAACUUUACAUUGUUUUCUCGUUUUAUACCUUGUACCAUGUUACAUUACAAUGUCAUCCUGAAUACCCUGUAUCGAUCAUGUAAAUUACAGAAAAGUCAGAAGUUAAAUAAAGCAUUCAAUAUUGAAUAUCUUCUUAAGAUGUUUUAUAGAACCACAUCAUGAGAAUUUACCAUUUUGCAAAAAUUUCGCAUUUCGAGUAAGGCUGUAAAAUGGUGAAGAAAAUACAACGGUACUCCACUAUUUUAUAAUUAUUAUAUUUUUGGUUGUGUUCAUACAAUUAUGAUUUUUUUUAAGUUUUUUUGUUGCAGAUACAUUAAUAUAUUUUUUUAAGAAUUACAGCAUAAUAUUAAUGAAAAAUAUUGAGCAUAAUAAAAUUAUAUUUGAA